UCGACCGAAGAGGUGCGCGAGGCGAGAGAAAAAGGAGAGACCAGCACACAUGCCCGUCUUGUGUGUGGGCAGCGUGAGAAGGACCAGGACCCCGGUACGGUGUGUAUGUGUUUGUUGCUGGUGCGCAGAUCGCUGGCUACAUUUUAUAUCUGAUCGACUGAUAACGACCCUCCACCGCACUGCCUUCCCAGCCGUGUGCGCACCGAAUGUGAGCUGGCAAAGCAGACUGAUCGACCUGCACGCGUCUCGUGUCUGUGUGUGCAGAGCGAUCGCCGUUUACACCUUACAUCGGUGGGCCUCUCCUUCAAGAUUGGCUGUUGUAAAUCGCUUUGAUAUCCCCGGCGGCGCCGCAGGUACGUAGGUGAAAGAGGCUCAUAGACCGAUUUGCUCAUGUCUCCCCUCUUCUCCUCUCUUCUCUUUUUUUCCUUCGCAUACUUGGCCGCCCCGGCGGCCACCGCGAGACAUAUCUUGGCCAAGCUGCAGGACGACGUGGGCUCAUGGAGCAAGGGAAGACCCCGACGAGCCAACGAGGUAUGUCUGAUGCACACGUCCAUUUGUAUACACACCACGACCUUGUUUUUAUAUGUAUGGUGUCCAGCUGGUGACGCAGAAGAGGAGCCACCAUGCCCGUGGUUUCAGAGGAUCGCCACCGUAAGUAUUGGGAUGUGUUCGGGUUGAAUCCCGGUAGCAGUUUCGAUGAGAUCAAGAAACAGUACAAACGACUCGCGCUGGUAAGAAGCGACGCCGCUAGCACGAGAGAAGGGGUGCAGCGUAUCUAUCGUGCGGCAUGCGGGGCUUUGUGUGUGUGUGCAGGAGGUCCACCAAAACAAGCCUGGCGGGUCCAAGGAGCAGUUCUAGGAGCUGUCCGAGGCCUACGAGUUUUUCAAGGCUGAGUUUGACAACUGGAACUGGACAGACGAAGCCGCCAAGGUGGGCAGCGCAGAGGGCAUACACGUGGCUGGCCGCCGCAAUGAGUGAAUGGAUACCUCCUCCGCGUGUGUGUGUAUGUUUGGUGCGUCAGAGGAAGGCGGAGGACCUUUUGGCCAAGGUAGGUCGGGGAGGAAGGAAGGCACCCGUGUGCGUGUCUCGUGUCUGUGUGUGCACCAGAUAGAUCCCAAGCUCUCAGAGAGAGAGAGAGGAAAAGAUGGCCGCCACCCGCACGCCGCAUGCCGCUGCAAUGAGGCAGAGCCUCACGAGCAGAGGCCUCGACGUCCCCGACGUCUACACCGACUCCAGGGAGGCCCACGUGCUGAAGUUCCUGCGCCUGUCGCGCGAGCACCCUGCGGUGAGCAAGGGAGGGAAGGCACACCGGGACACUGGCAGGCAAGACCAUUAACAGUAGUUUGCCUGCUCACUUGCUGCAGGAGUGCAAGGCCUUCCUGGAGUCGGUCCGGGGGACGUGGGAGGGCCGGGACAUGAAGCUGAUGAUGCUCAAGUACGAUGCCGACGCCGACCAGGUACGUACGUACAUCGCACACACAUCCAUCUGCACACAAGACACAACCAACUGAUGCUCUCUGCUCUGCUGUGCUGUGCUGUGCUGUGCUCUCUGGGCAAUUCGCCGUUCUGCAGAAGGAGGCUGCCAAGACCUCCACCGACCACCACAGCCAGCACCAGCAGCAGCCUGCCGGCACCACCAGGAAGGUGCUCGUCAGGGCUGGGGAGUGGGGUGAGGGCGCCGAUGGCUAUUAUGCCAGCGCCCUCACCCAGUGGGACCUGGCCCACUGGCAACGGAGGGGGGCGUGUUGGGUGGUGACCUGGACGGUGCCCGAGGAGGGGUGCUGCUGCGUCGAGGCGGGGAGGGGCCGGAGGGUAUCAUUCUCCACGUCCUAUACACAGAAGGAACAGAAAUCAGUCAGGUGGAUUUCCUGUUCGUGUGUGUGCUUUCGGGUGGUGUGCAGAUCGCUGGCUACAUUUUAUAUUUUGAUCGACCGAUGACGCCUUCGGACCGCACCGCUGUCUGGCCGUUUGCACGUCGACUGUGAGCUGUCAACAUACACUAUAUAGUGAUCAACUCCCGUGUGCGUGUCUCGUGUCUGUGUGUGCAGACAGAUCGCCCCCUGAGUGUGGACUACUACGAGAACCUUAACAACCUCGACAUGCCCACGUGGAUCAACCGCCACGCCGAAAACUCAUCCGCCCUCUUCCUCGCGCAGGUGAGGGAGGGACUCGGGGAGAGCAGGAAGACACCAUCACACGCAUGAUCUAUUGGGCACCACACGCGUACACACGCGUAUGUGUGCAUGUGUCUUGCCGUUGUCUGUCCACCUGCAGGUGCGCGGCAACGGGGUCGCGGGGCGGCUGCAGACCCUGACGGCCAUGGGUGGGCGUGAUAUUCCAGGAGCGUGUGGGGCUGCUCGCCGACGUCCAGACCUUCCCCCACUGGGUGCCCGCUGUGCCGUUGCAGCGAGGCUACUGGGCCGAUGUCGACUCGAUUCGCAGCCGCAGCACCCACCGCCUCAUCAACAGCCACGAGUUGGCUGCCCGCAUCGACCACUAUCUCUCGGUAAGGACAGCAGAGACACUCAACGCGCGCACACGUCCAUGUGUUCAUGUUUCCCCGAUCUGUCUUGGUGGUGUCCGUGACUGAUUCGUUCAGGGUGCCAUAGUGAUCUUCGAGACGGCGUCGCGGGAGGCCAACCAGGCGAUGGAGGCCGCCAAGCGUCCGGCGCACCAGCUGAACCGCCCCGAAAACGCCAUGGCUGUGGACGAUGACGACCACCCUCACGCCCCCAACCUCGCACCCACCGACAGCGACGAGCGGCGCCAGAAGCGCUCGACUCACUGGUACAUACACACACAUACAGAUACAGGUACACAGGAGGGAGGGGAGGACUGGAUGGAUGGAUGGAUGCACAUAGCUAUGUGGAAUGCCUACACCUGCCUGUCUGUCUGCUGCAUUGCACUGUUGCAGUGCCGCUACGCCCACGGCGUGGGGGACCUGUCAAAGAACAAGGACAAGAACAAAGGUAGGUGUGCUUUGACAGGUGACUGAGUGAGCUUGUCAUGCACAAAGGCAAUGGGCGGACAGAUAUUGUGUCGUGUGCCUGCAUGUGUCAGGUCUCGCACAUCGCUGCCUCCGUUUUAUAUCUGUCAAGACCUAUAUUUGCAUUGCUCGGCACUCUAUGACGUCUCACUCCGACUGCCCCCUCUAUCUUCUGUCCACUCUGAGGUGAGAGAGGGAGGGAGGGGGAGGCCUGGAUGGAUGGAUGGAUGAACAUGGACGUGUUGUGUCGGGUCAUCAGAAGCACGUCAUAGCGGGAGACGGGUCACCUGACGAGCUGCGGAUAACCGAGCAAGAAAGAUAA